AUUAAUUCAGUCCUUCCAUGGAGAAUAUGAGAACCCUUUUUCUUUAAUCUUUCUUGACUUCUCAACCCCAAUACAAUAUUCAUUUCAUUUCUGUUCAGCAUGUGAUCUCCUUAACAAAACCAGCAAGUAGAAUAGUUUAGAUCUAAAUCCUAAUGAAUCAUAAAGCCCAUUUUAAAAGAAUAGAGGAAAAGUUCAAUGAUUGUGAAAAUAACCGGUCAUGUUCUUGAAGACAGUCCCAUUGUGUGGCAGCCUGGACGCACCUCCCUGUUCCCUAAGCUUUAUUUUACUAAGCUGCGUCAAUUCCUCCUGAUUUCCAUUAAUACCCAUGUCGGCUUUGGUUCUACCUCCUUUUGUUGUAAGCUUCUUUUGGACAUUUUGGUCAAAUAACUUUCUCCUCAGACCAACCAAAGUUCAACGGACCAAAACUUCCCUGCUGUGGUAACUACAUCAUUAACAUUAAAUUCGCUUGAAAUUACAAGUGAAAUGCAUUGUAGCUUAUAUGGGUCUACAAAAGCUUGUCCAUUUCUUACAGUUCAAUUAUCAGAUGUAAACCCAGAUCAAUGAUUUCAAUUAUUUAGUGCUCAUUUCUUGUGGAGAAAGUCCAUUUCUGAUUUCUCUCAGCUUCAGGAGUCCUCUGUUCAAGAUGGAGAUGAAGAGGAUUUCUCCAAUACGCUUCCUUGUUUUCAUAGCUGCGAUCUUGGUUGCUUCUUCCUCUUCCUCUUCAUCUGCAGAUGAUACUAAAGCAACUUUUGCAGAUAUGUUUGAAAUGUCUUGCCCUGAUGACCAUUUUAAAACCUCAGACGACGGCCAGAUCUGGCAUUUGUCUUUGGACAAAGAAGCAGGUUGUGGGUUUCAAACAAAGGAGCGAUAUAGAUUUGGUUGGUUCAGCAUGAAACUGAAGUUGGUCGGAGGUGACUCUGCCGGUGUUGUCACAGCAUAUUAUAUGUGCACUGAGAAUGGAGCUGGACUAGAGAGAGAUGAGCUAGACUUUGAGUUCUUGGGGAAUAGAAGCGGGCAGCCAUAUCUGAUUCAGACAAAUGUUUACAAGAACGGGACUGGGAACCGUGAGAUGAGGCACAUGCUGUGGUUCGACCCCACAAAAGACUUCCAUACUUAUUCCAUUCUCUGGAAUGACCACAGGAUCGUGUUUUAUGUGGACAGAGUACCAAUAAGAGUAUACAUGAAUUCAGAUAAACCGAACAACUUCUUCCCUAACGAGAAGCCCAUGUACCUGUUCUCGAGCAUUUGGAACGCAGACGAUUGGGCUACAAGAGGAGGACUGGAGAAGACGAACUGGACGAAGGCGCCAUUUGUAUCCACAUACAAGGACUUCAACGUAGAUGCUUGUCAAUGGGAAGACCCAUAUCCGAAAUGCGUAUCGACGACGACAGAGAACUGGUGGGAUCAAUAUGAUGCUUGGCAUUUAUCGAAAUCUGAGAAAUUGGACUAUGCUUGGGUUCAGAGAAACCUUGUCAUCUAUGAUUAUUGCAAGGAUACCGAAAGGUUCCCCACUUUGCCUUGGGAGUGUUCAUUGAGUCCAUGGGAUUGAGAUUUGAGAACAAAGUCAAGUUUUGAUUUCGUUUUUGGCUUUUUCGCUUCAUGUCAUCGGUCAAUAGCAUUGUAUUUUGCUUGAUCUUAUUUAGAUCUUCUAUUUAAUUUAUUCAAUUGUUAUCAA